AUCACCCCCCUCUGAAGCUUGUAGGGCCUCCAGACACAAUGUGCAGGUGCUCACAAGGAAAGCUGACGGAGAGCAUCCGGGGCUGCUGGGCAAACGUAUGAGCCAGGUCUUCCUCAUAUUCAGUGAGGAGUGGCCAGGGAAACCCUCUGUUGCUAGCAGACGUGGUUUCCAGACUCCUGACAGGAUACUGUUUAUGACUUGUGAUGGAAGAGAUAGAAGCCUCGGCAGAAAGAAGGUAAUUAUGGCCACAGCUCCCCCUCCAUAAAAUAGUAUGUGCUUGACUUCACCAUGCUAUUGGUUACUCCUGGACCAUUCCCAAAAGCAGUUUUCUUUGACCCGCUAUGAAGCAGUUAAGACUCCUGGCAAAUGUUAAGUUUAACUUAGCAAGGUGGCUUUUUCCUGUGCCAGCAGAAGUGGGGCUCUGUAACUUGUCCUCCACCUCACCUAUCAGAGCCCCGGGUUCCCUCGCAGGGACCUGUUGCUCACAGACAAAUCUCCAUGCCCACAUGUGGAUGCUAGGCAGAAUAAAGCAAGCUUGGCGUUAGAGCACACGCACCUAUGCUUCCGGCUCUCCGAAGGCCAAGGUCGGAGGAAUUUGAGAUUAGCCUCCCUCGCAUUCCCCUGCAAAAAGCUCUUGCAAGAAUAAAGUGAAGAGGGCUGGAGAGAUGGCUCAGUGGUUAAGAGCACUGACUGCUCUUCCAGAGGUCCUGAGUUCAAUUCCCAGCAACCACAUGGUGGCUCACAACCAUCUGUAAUGAGACCUGAUGCCCUCUUCUGGUGUGUCUGAAGACAGCUACAGUGUACUUACAUAUAAAUAAAUAAAUCUUAAAAAAAAAAAAAGAAUAAAGUGAAGAGCCCAGGGCCAAGUUGUCUGGAGCAGAGCGUUAGAGCGGCUGUUAAGACGGCAGCUAGUGGAAGAUAUUUUGAUGCUCCUCUUACUCAGGCUCCCUAGCUGUCCCCACUGAGCCUUCCCAAACUGCAGGCUCCAUUCUGGCACCAAAGCCAUUGCCUAAGGUGUUUGAUGAAUAUUGAUAAACAAGUGAGGAAACAAAUUAAUCCAGGCAGGAAGGGAGUAACCAGGGUGACAGCUCAUGCCUGCUGCAUGACACCUCCUGCUGCUUCCCUGCACUGAUACACUCUCCUCAGCCCCAUUCCCUCAGCUAUGCACAAUGAAGACAUUCCACAAACAACAGAGGGAGCUAGGCUGUGGCUCGGUGCAUAAAGUGAUUUCCCCAUUUGGUGUGUUCAGGGGGACUGGUGUGUUCCUAUGCAGCCAGACAUACUAGCGUGUCCCUGUACAGCCAGACAUACUAGCGUGUCUCUAUACAGCCAGACAUGCUAGCGUGUUCCCGUGCAGUCAGACCCGCUGGUGUGUCCCUGUACAGCCAGGCUGUUCCUAUGAAUGGAAAGAAGAUAGAGACAAGAGAGUCCCAAAAGCUGUGGGCCAGAUAAUCCAGGUGACAGGUGAUGAUUAAUGGGUGUUCUCUGGCCUCCACAUGUGUUCUCUAUACUUACACAUGAAUGUGCACAUUGAAAACUUAUGCACACACAUUAAAGAUUAAAAAAAAAAAAAACAGCACGGAGCUCUAGACUUUUCUUGCAAUCAGGGGUAGUACCAGGGGCUAUGUAAAGGGGACCUAAUCAGGUAUGGUUAGACUUAAAGAGAUGGUCAAGGCCAUCCCCUAAACUUCCCUCAGGGGUCCCUCAGUUGGGCAUAUGGGGAGUGGGAAAUAGCCUCUUGUCUCUCAAGGGCUGGGGGACUCUAGAAUUAGCCUAAAAACCUUGCUGCUAGUUCCCAAGCCAAUAGCACACACAGUCUUUUUAUGCUAAGGCCGUAGACAGCCACUAGAAGCUGGUCUCUGGGCCCCUCUGCUGGCCAAGCCCAGCGUCUCCUCCCAGUCGCUCUCCAUCAGCAGGGCAGUACUGUUCUUACACAGCACCUUCCUGCCUGCACACCCCGGAAUCUCUGCACCAGGCAGGUCCUGCCCUCAGCUGCCACUGUGAUAACAUACAUACCACAGAGCAUGGGAAUAACCCAGGGCCCAGUUCAUCCGUUUGUCCUAACUGGAGCAGAAUCUGGCCUCACUGGGUCCACUGAGAACAGUGUCCUGCCCAGUCCCUCUGUUGGUUCUCUUUUCCACUCUCAGCUGACCUGGGGCUGGCUUUGUCUGGAAGAGGCAUCAGGCUUGAGGGACCACUGGUAGGUCAAGGUGAGUUCCUCCUGUCCUCUUUCCAGGUUGGGCAUGGGGAAUGACCAUGGGGUGAGGUAUGGUGGUUCAGAGUCUACAGCACUGGCUUUGAGUAGGUUCCCAGUUCCCUCUGUACUCUGACUUGCAGGUUUGGACUUGGAUCUGGUUCCCAGGUAGGUUUCAAGGUAGGUCUCCAGGUCCCUCAGCCCCUAGCUGAGGGUUGCAUGUGGCUCUCAGGACUUGCCACACAGCCUGGGAGAAAAGGAAGGUAUGCAUAGUAGGACAGAGCUGGUACCCAGAGCCUACUAGGAACAGAACACAGCAGCCUUCCGACUCCAGAGACACCAGGGCAGCCACGACAAAGGUAUUGAGGAGACUGGCUGGCAUAGUGGGCUUCCUCUGGGAACAGCAUUACUUACUCACAAGCCCUCACCCUGUUUCUGCCCACAUCUCAGAAACUUCCAACAGCUUUUCCACGUAACUGACAUACAAUAAAGCUCACCUUCUGCACAAUUCCACUGAAGGACAUUUCAUUAUCUGCCAGAGACCAUCCCAUACCUCCACCUCUCCUCUCCAUGAAUUCGCUUGCUGUGGAUAAUUGCUACAAAUAGGGUCAUAGAAUAUCUGUGUUUUUAUGAGUGGUAUGUCUCCUCAAAGCACACCCAAGCUGUGUCAGAAACCUCAUGCCUUUUUAUAACUGAAUAAAAAAUAACUGCCUGGAGGGAGCUUGAAUUUAUCAGUUAUCGGGCAUCUGCACGGGUUCUCCCUUUUGCUAUUAUAAACAGCAUCACUCUGAACGCUUGUAUUUAUGUUUUGCUUGCCUCCUUUUUGAUUUUUAUUUAUUUAUUUGAGACAGUGCCUUCUAUUGAGUUGUGGCGAGCCUGUGAUUCUUUAUCCUUCUGCAUCAACCCAUGCUGAGAAAAUGUCCCGCUCCUCUGCCGGUUUUGUGUGGACACAUUUCUCUUCACCUGAGGAACUACUCCACUACCUUUCACUGUGAUGGGGGUAUCAUCUUGGGCUUCUGUUUGCAGUACACGGGUCCUACUUCCCGACAGCCUCACCCACACUUGUGGGGGGCACUGUGCUCCUGGGACAGCGUUGACUUAUGUACACAAAGGAGACUCCUCAGACACACUUCCAUUGCUCGCCCCAACUUCCCUCUAGAUCCUGAGAGGCCAGAGGAGGAGAGGGUAAAUGAUCCUAUGCCCUGUUCACCUUCUUGAGUCACCUGUCCUAAAAAGAAACUGAGGCUUGGCUCUCAGACAUGGGCUUUUCAAGCUGGUAUAGCAGUUCCCUUGGACCCUUCAGCAAACAUGGAGACAAGAGUCUGUAUAUCACCCAACGUCCGUAAUCCACCCUCCUUUAAGAUUCAUCAGUGAACUUGAAAUCAUCCCCAGAGGAUGCCCUGCCACUCAGAUACCAGUCACACAAUGACUAUAGACCUACGCAGAGCCAAAAGCACAGGUCUGUCCAACUGGCAUCCCUCUGGGCCGGACACCAUGACCGGAACGUGACCGGGCUCCUGUCUGCUUAAACGUAAGCUACCUGGUCAUUAUGAUGGUCCAUGUAACAACUGUAUGGAGAGCACAUCAUACAUGCUCAGGGGAAAAUCACUGGGACUGAUGUUUUGGGUUCAUCGGAAAACAGGAGGAAAUCCUUAGAGAACUUGGGACCAUGUUGUAUACCAUGUAACAGAAAAAGUGGGGUGUCUUAGUUAAUUUUCUGUAGCUAUGCAGACUCCAUGACCAAAGCAACUUAGAGAAGAAAAAAAUUAUGGGGCUUAUGGUUCUAAGGAUGAGUCCACAUCCAUCAGGGCAGGAGCAUGGUGGCAGGUAGGCAGACUGUGGCACUACAGACCUCUGGUAGAGCAGUUAGUGCUCUUAACUGCUAAGCCAUUUCUCCAGCCCUGAGAGAGGCUCUUGACCCACAAGCAUGAGACAGAGAGCAAGAGAGCUAACUGGGAAUGGUGUGGGCUUUUUGAAACCUCAAAGCCCAAUCCCCAUGGCAUACCCACUCCAAUGAGGCCACACCUCCUAAUCCUUCCCAAACAUUUCCACCAACUGGGAUCCAAGCAUCCAAAUAUAUGAGAAUAUGGGGUCAUUUUGAUUCAAACCACCAUAUGGGCUAUGGAACAUUCUAGAAAGAAUCCUGACCUAUGGAAAGGAAAAUGGGCAGAUGGGGCUAGGAAGGCAGGGAUAGAGUUUAGGCUGGGCUUCCAGGAAGGGGCAGUGAGAAAGCAAGAGGGAGAGGAGCCAAAUAAAGGGAGAGUGCCCAGCCUGCAUGGAGACAACUCGGGAUCUGGGUAUUGAGGUAGAAUGGCUGCACUAGGACUUAAAGAAGGCAGGUUAGCAACACUCAUGCACUCCAGGCAGCAGUUUAAGGAAACUCAGCUCACAGAGAAAUGCCAAGGGAGACAGAGCCGCCCCAACCCCACCCCCCAACCCCCGCUCAGGGUGACAAACCAGCAGUUUGCUGACACCGUGAGAGCUCAUUCAGCUCUCAUAAAAAGCCUGGGUAGGACACGCAUGAAGGCAUGGAAACUUAGCUGGCCAGAGUCGCACAGGAAAGACAAUCAACUGUGACUCUGAGCACAGGAGAUCAACAACCCGGCAGGGAAGGGUGAUGGGCCGGCGAUUCGGCUGAGCCUAGCUGCUUGGAUUGGGUGUUGUGGUGCUUAAUUUCAACAGCUGGUCUGGUCAAGCCAUGGUGCUCCAAGUGUCCGGGAGAAAAGUUCAGAAGAGAUUAACGUUUGUAUCAGCAUCUUUGGGUAAGGCAUAUGACUCCCAUACUGUGGGGGACCCCAUCCAAGCAGGAUUAUGAAAGUGGACAUCAACUUCCUGGUGUCGUGCAGAGUCUAUAUUGGGCCGCCCCACCCAUCUAUACAAGAUGCAAUCCUGUCCAAGGGCUAGUUUUUCUCCAUCUGGAGAGCAGCGUAGAAGACUAAGUCCCAGUGGCCACACUCCCAAGGGAGAGGGGCAGCCAGGCCAGCGCCCACUAGUGGAGAAAGCCCUCGUGGGCUGCACCACCAUGGACUCCAAAGCCUCAACCCCGCUUCCGAGGGCUCUGGCUAGUCACAUGGCAUCCAGUCCUGCUCAGCUUGUAGCUCCGGAGUCUCCAAGCCCACCCGGUCACUUUCGAAGAGGCGGGGCCGGAGGUCGAGCUCUACCGGCCCUUGAGCUGUUGUUUCUCCAUCAGGCUGCCCACCUAGCCUGACAGACGCAGACUUCUGGGGCAGGGAGCUCUGCUGUGCACGGUCCACACUGGUCCCGGAACCUUGGCCCGGCUGCUGCAGCACUUCCGCCCGGUUUUCCCCUAAACACUCUGCUAAUUGGCGUAAAAGACGCCGAGGGGCCCAGCCACGGCCCAAUUAAGUUCUGAGCUUGCUGGGAAAAAGAUGGAGUGGGCUUGGCUUGAGUAAGGUGUGUGGCCAACAGGGAAGGAGGCAAGAACUAGGAGGCGGGACAGGUGGAGAGGGCGUGUCCAUAUGGAGAUGACUGUGGCCUCAUUGGCGCUGAGCUGCCUGGGAUGAAGGGGCAUGGCUAAGUAAUCGAAGACCGCUUCUCAGGCUAAGUGGUUCAAGGCGGGGCGUGAGAGAGGGGCCUCGGCCUUGGACCAUCUACUCAGUAUCAAGGACAGAUUGUCACAACUCCAGUUGGCUUGCUACCAGCUGCUUCUCGUUGUUGUCCUGGUCCCCUUGCCCCUGGCCCUGCCCCUGGCCCACGGUCCCCCAGUUUCUGUGGGGCACACUCUUCCUGUCCCGCGCGCUUCAGCUAGAAUCGCUAACUUCCUUCGCCGCAAAGCAGGCGUCCUCACUCCAUGAGCUCUCUAGGGGAUCAGAUACGGGACUGGCACCGGGGCGUACUGGCCGUAGCACGCGAAGACUGGGACUCUGCACUGUGCUUCUUUUCAGAUGUCCGGGAGCCGCUGGCUAAGAUGUACUUCAACAUGGGCUGCGUGCACCUGAUGGCAGGGGAUCCCGAGGCUGCGCUGAGGGCAUUUGACCAAGCAGUGACCAAGGACACCUGCAUGGCUGUUGGCUUCCUCCAGCGGGGAGUGGCCAAUUUCCAGCUGCAGAGGCUCCAGGAGGCUGUGUCCGACUUCCAGUUGGCCCUGGCACAGCUGAGGGGCAAUGCUGCCAUUGACUACACACAACUGGGUCUGGACUUCAAACUGCAAGCCUGGGAGGUCCUAUAUAACAUGGCAUCAGUGCAGUGCCAGGCAGGGCUCUGGACCAAGGCUGCCAAUACUCUAGUAGAAGCAAUCUCCAAACGGCCAGAGGGGGCCCAAGACACCCUGGAGGCUGCCAUGGACAAAGUGCAGAAACAGGUACCACUGCAGCUGCGGCAAGUGCCCAAGGGGGAGGUCUUCCAGCCUCCUCGGCGAUACCUGAAACAUCUGGAGCCCAUGGAUUUCCUCGGCAAGGCUAAGGUGGUGGCUUCUGUCAUCCCUGAUGACCACAACUCGGACAUCCAGCCUCAGCAGAGCUCCCAGGUGGAGCAAGCCGGCCUCCAGUCGUCCUCACCCGUGUGUAAGAGGGUCCUGAGCACAAGGGGUGGUCACAUGAGCCCUGGCCUAUGGGACAGUUUGCUGGCAACUGGAGGGCCUGUCCCGGGCCCCUCUGAAGAUUCCUCUAGUGCUGAGGGAACAGCUACAAAGGACCCUGAAUCCUUGGUGACUGUCACUGUGCAGUGCCACUUUACUGUGCCCCUGAAGGUCCCCAGAGGAACUGACCUGUCCAGUUUUCGGACACUACUGUCUCAAGCUCUCCUUCAGCAGACCCAGAAGGGGCAGUUCAGCUACAAAGCCCGAGGAGAGGACAGAGCCUGGGUCCCCAUCUCCACGGAGGACUCACUGCAGAGUGUAUGGAGGAAUGUGCCAGUGAGCCCAAGAGGCUUGCAGCUCCAGUGCCGGGUGAGCCAAGGGGAGAGACUGGUGCCUGCUGUGGGCAGCCCAGGCAGUUGGAAGGGAAGCCCCUCGAGUGCACUGCCCCUGCAGCCCACUCUUCUAUUACAGGGGGCCUGGGGCCGGCCAGUCCUCUACCAAGUGGUAGCUCAGUACGACUAUCGUGCCCAAAGGCCGGAGGACUUGGACUUCCGCCAAGGGGACACAGUGGAUGUUCUGUGUGAAGUGGACGAAGCAUGGCUGGAGGGACACCGAGAUGGCCGUGUUGGUAUUUUCCCCAAGUGCUUUGUAGUCCCAGCUGCCACCUGUGUGGAAGCCCUGCCUGUACCUGAACCCCAGCCAGGAGAACAGCACUAGCAAUAAAUACCGUGACAAAACCAGCUUUAAUUUAAACAAACAAACAAAACUA